AGUCCUGUACACAGAAACUAUGGGGGCGAAACCUCAGCCGCAGCUCUCCCCGCUCAGGGCUAAGGAAGGACGUGAACGAUGACCUCAGGAACCUGUCCCUCUCCGGCCAUGUGGGCUUCGACAGCCUCCCCGACCAGCUGGUCAACAAGUCAACGUCGCAGGGCUUCUGCUUCAACAUCCUCUGCGUGGGCGAAACUGGCAUCGGCAAGUCGACGUUGAUGGACACUCUGUUCAACACAAAGUUUGAAAGCGAACCUGCUACGCACAACGAGCCUGGCGUGAGAUUGAAAGCCAGGAGUUACGAGCUCCAGGAGAGUAACGUCCGUCUGAAGCUGACGAUUGUCGACACAGUUGGAUUUGGCGAUCAAAUUAACAAAGAUGACAGCUACAAGCCCAUAGUAGAAUAUAUCGAUGCGCAGUUUGAAGCCUACUUGCAAGAAGAGCUGAAGAUCAAACGAUCCCUGUUCAAUUACCACGACACCAGGAUUCAUGCCUGCCUGUAUUUCAUUGCACCAACCGGACACUCACUGAAAUCCCUAGACUUGGUCACCAUGAAGAAGCUCGACAGUAAGGUGAACAUCAUCCCCAUCAUUGCCAAGGCUGACACCAUUGCAAAAAACGAGUUGCACAAGUUCAAGAGUAAAAUCAUGAGUGAGCUGGUCAGCAACGGUGUCCAGAUCUACCAGUUUCCGACGGACGAAGAGACAGUGGCCGAGAUAAACGCCACGAUGAGCGUCCACCUUCCGUUUGCCGUAGUUGGCAGCACUGAAGAAGUGAAGAUUGGCAACAAGAUGGCAAAAGCCAGGCAGUACCCAUGGGGUGUUGUGCAGGUUGAAAAUGAAAAUCACUGUGACUUUGUGAAGCUGCGGGAGAUGCUGAUCCGAGUGAACAUGGAAGACUUGAGGGAGCAGACACACACCCGACACUAUGAGCUGUACAGGCGCUGCAAACUAGAAGAGAUGGGAUUCAAGGACACAGAUCCAGACAGCAAACCGUUCAGUCUCCAAGAGACUUAUGAAGCGAAGAGGAAUGAAUUCCUGGGUGAACUCCAGAAGAAGGAGGAUGAAAUGAGACAGAUGUUUGUCAUGAGAGUGAAGGAAAAGGAAGCAGAGUUGAAAGAAGCGGAGAAAGAUCUCCAUGAAAAGUUUGACCAUCUAAAGAGGACUCACCAAGAAGAGAAGAAAAAAGUAGAAGACAAAAAGAAGGAGCUUGAGGAAGAGCUGAACAACUUUCAAAAGAAGAAGGCAGCAGCUCAGCUAUUACAGUCUCAGGCUCAGCAGGCAGGUUCUCAACAAACCAAGAAAGACAAGGACAAGAAAAAGUAAGCGGCUGUCACCCACACCCUUUGUAGGAUCUAUUACAGUUUGGGGGGUUGUUCUUUCUCUAUCUCGCUGCAUGUCUGUAUUUGCUUUUCCCCAUUACCAGACUGGAAACUGGGCUUUUACCAGCCUGAUCAAAUAAAAUAUUUUUUUUCUAAAGGGUGGGUCAGGGACAAGAUCUUAAUUUGUCUUUAGAAGAACACCUUAAAACUUUAUGUCAAAGUCUAACUGGUAUGGGAGAGCAAUCCAGAUGGUGGAGGUUUGACCUAUGACGUGCCCAGCAGCUUCUGGAACAGGCUCUGGGAUGUUCUGGACUCAAAUUUAUCUGCCUGAGCCAAAAUUAAAAAGGGGGCUGUACUCAUCCUUCCUUUCACCCGAGGGUAGUCCCCUGUUCCUGUUCUUUAAGGUUAUGGUUGUAAGUAGAAGUAGAUGAGAAACCAAAAACGCCAUGUUGUUUUUACAUGGAGAAUCCUAGUGCCAAAAGUGAAUACUCAGAGGCUUGCUUUAAAGAAAAAAGCUUUGAUUUUGUUUUUAUUUUUAAAAGAGAAAACAACAAAAACUAUGGUACCAUAAUUACACGUAAAUGUCAUUUGUGGCUUUAUCAAGUUGACGAAAUAAGCUAAGAAACCCAUACCUUUUUAGUAGAGAUAACGGCAUUGUUUUCUACUCUUUUAUUUUCGUAUGCUAGGAGUAUAAUACUGCGCCCUCCAAUACUCUUGAGAUCCAGCAACUUCAGUAGGAACCCGGUGUAUCUGUGGACAGAGUCUGUCCUGUGGUCAGCAUUAGCGGUGGGAUUUUCAGAUGCGCUCGGUUUUGCACCUAACUCUGCUGCCCCCAAAACUGGAGGAACAUUGCCAUUGAUUUGGGCUCAGAGUUAAGUCCCUGGAGAGCUCAGCUGGAAGCCUUGCCCUAAAGCUCCCAAUUAAUUCUUAUUAACGUAACCUCCUCCUUGCAGCCGAUACUCGGAGAUGGCUAUGUUUAGCUUGCUAUUAGUGUAAGAGGCUCGUAUUUUUCUACGUUAUACUGGCUAUUUCACUGUGCUCAAAGCCAGGACGCAACGUCCGUUUGGACGUGGUAUGUACAGUGAAGUCCGACAAACCCUGCGCAGGCGAAGCAGACUGUGCAUGGCUUGUCUGCAUAGCACAGCAAGACAGUUUACUAUAACAAAGGCCGCUUCGAGGCCGCCUAUCGUAAUUUCCAUCCACUUUUUCCAUACUCUUGGGGGAUACUCUUGCAAGUCCUUUCUGGGUCAUCUGUGAUAACAGAGCCAAUCUAUAACUGCAAUCAAGAAAGUUGUAAAGAGGGAAAUUCAGUUAAGUCUCAUCAGAAAACACUUCUUUUUUUUUUAUCCACACACAGAAAGGACAGUUCCACACUUCUUGUAUUAGGUGAUAGUGAAAUAGCGUAUUUCUUAGUCAACUCGGGCAGAGUAUCCUUCAUAAUUAACGCUAAGCCAUCGCUGUUGAAAGAACCGAAAUGCUAGUAGGGAUGUGGCGUAGAUACUCUUGUCCCUCCUGCUUACCUGUGAACUUCAGCCAGAUCUGAGCUGCCUCUAGCGUGAGCCUAGGAGGCUUUAUUGUAUUGCAUAUAUGCUGGUAUAUUUUUAUACUUUGGGACGUUACUCUGACGCUCGCUGCACAUCCCCUGUUUCUACUGCUGGAUAGGUGCCCGUCAUUCAUUGCUGUUCUGACCCUGGGUCCCCGGAGGAAGGAGGGGAGGGCCGAGGGCUAGUUCCUCAGCUGAUGUAAAUUGUUGUAGCUCCUAUGGAGCCGUGCUGCUUUAUGCUAACUGAGAACCUGGCCUUCGGCACCCAUUGAAAUACGUAGAGAGCUUGUACGCUGCAUGCUCUGCUUGGUUAAAGACGUUACGGACGCUGAUCACAGUGUCAUGCCUAACGGCAGAACCGGUAAGUGUCCGGCAGGUAGCGUCCGAGCGUGCUGAAAUACCGAUCCCUGACGAUGCCUGCAAUAGGAUAGGCUGAAACACGGGUCUUCUCUCAUGUGAGAAUCCAGACCUGGUGGCCCUUUUCCUAAAAGUAACAGACACUUUCGAAGAUCCCUUUUUCUUAUCUCUUAAACAGAGUUGCUCGUUUAAUGUUUAUGAGAGCUCUGCAACAGAUCGCUUCACCUCUUAGAUGUGAGACCAGAGCAGUACUUAAUGAGCUGGGGAGUUUUGUAACUGUUGGUAGUGGGUGUUAGCUGCUGGUUGCUUCUGUGAAGUUGGCUGGCACGUGCACAGCAUUGUGGGUAUAAUGCACCGAUGUUUCUUGUGGCCAUCCCAUACAACGCAGUUUCUGCUUUGCCGAUGCAUUCACAGAAAUCCAGGCUUGAGGAACGUGCACGUGUUUUAAGUAGUGUGUCCUUUCAGUGUCGCUCCACACCAGGUGUCGUACCUGCUUAAAUCGUUCUCUAGCGUCUGAAUUACUAACGGAGGCUUUGAAGGGACAUGCUGAUGCUUCUGCAUUGUAGCACACCUUGGUUUUUCUGAAGGCUUUACGUUUCUCCUUGCACUCUAACAAAAAACUGCAGAUGGUAUAGGUAAGGCUCUCAAGCUUGCUCUGUGGUGACACGGACUGUGGCGGUGCUCACACAGUUGCUGGAGGAACUCUUUGCCGCGCUGUGAGCGUGAUCCUCGUAGCCUCCCCAGAACAUAACUCGUGGGAAUGCUCCUUUCCGAAGGUGGGAUCUGAUUUCUCUCACUUGGACAACGGAGACUUUCCUCGGUGUUGUGCAAGCUGGAGGGAAGGCCCAGGGCCAAUUUGCUGCUGGCUUAACUCCAUGAGGGACAGCUUGGCCCUCUUGAUUUGCAGACUGUCCUCACGGGAACAAGGAGUUGGUUUUUUUUCCCUGCCUUUCUUUUUUUCUACUCCAUUUCCCUGACAGCAGAUUCCUGUAGCUUGUGCUUUUUUUGUCUGAGACUGUUGCAGCUCUGGCCUGGCGUCAGAGAAGCGUGCUGGUUUUGGGACAGCAUGUAUUUGUGCUUGUGUCUGUAACAUUGUCAUUCAAGUACUUUGCUGAAUCUGAGGUUGACCCAGUUAUCAAGCCCCUGCCAUAAUUUUUGGAUGGGACUGUGCUUCAAACUUCUACCAUCCGUUUUAAAAUAGGAGCAGCAAAAAUAGCGUUUUGGUGCUUGCCUGUUGUUUGGUAGAUCACCACGUGCAUGCCUCACCACGUGCCUUCGCGUUACUCGCUCGUCCUAAACGCGUCCAGGAGCCGGGACCAUGUGUUUGGGCUCCGUUUCUGUUCCUUUCAAGCUGCUUCUGAAAACCAGAUGAAAAGCUUUUUUCCAGCUUCCUUUCAAUACAAGUAAUUUCCCGUCCGAUGGGGCUAUCUGGCUGUCUGGGGCCACGUUUAGUCCCAAAGCAAAUCCCUGAGCUACAGCAUGCAGCAAACAUAUUUCAGGGCUUGGCCCAACACCCUGUAAAAAGAGGUUUUUGUUAAUAUCUGAAGGAUCUGAGUUGGGCCUGAAAAUCCAUGUUUGCUGAGGUGCUGGGGGACCUCUCGGUGCCAAGCUUUGAGAUAGCUACGUUUCAGGAAGGGCUACGCGCCAGCCUUCUGCGAGAGCGCCCGUGUUAAAGUAAUUCAGCUUGGACACCCGCGAUCGUGCACCCCACAUACUCUUUAUGAAAAAACCCCACAGCUUGAAGUCACCAGUCAAGUAAACCCUGUAACCUUGACUAACUUAAGUGCUCGGUUGUUCAGUUCUUCCCCCUCAGUUUUUCUUUUUGCUUUUGCUUGUCGUGUAG